AUAGUUCGAAGCUCUCAAUAGUAGCUAUAAUAAUCCCUUAAAUAGACCAAGAGUUCAUUUCAAAUCUCCAUCUUCAUCUAACUCUAGUUAUUCAGCUUCCGAUUACAUUCAGUGAAUUGAAGAUGUCAGGGCGUGGAAAGGGAGGAAAAGGAUUGGGGAAGGGAGGAGCGAAACGACAUCGUAAGGUUCUUCGUGAUAACAUUCAAGGUAUCACUAAGCCUGCUAUUAGGCGUUUGGCUCGUAGAGGAGGAGUGAAGCGUAUCAGUGGACUAAUCUAUGAGGAGACUCGUGGAGUUUUGAAGAUCUUUUUGGAGAAUGUGAUUCGUGAUUCUGUUACUUACACUGAGCAUGCUAGGAGGAAGACGGUCACUGCUAUGGAUGUUGUUUAUGCACUCAAGAGGCAAGGAAGGACUCUAUACGGAUUUGGUGGUUAAAAGAAUGUGUGUUGCUUU